GAUUUAUUAAGGGCCAGGCUCCAGCCUCUGGUUCUUUGGACUUUAAUUACGGGAUCAGGGUUCGGCGCGUGCUCUCAUUCCGACUGCGUGGACAUCGCGGAUCGACCACUGAAACGUUCGUUCUUUUCGGCCUGAUCGUACAAUACUGCGGAAACUUCACGACCGGAUCGUCGCCCAGGUCAUGCUCACACUGCCGAUAUAACCUCACAACAUGAUGGUUCGCCGCUGGGCCCGACGAGUCGAGCGAGCAUGUUGCACCACUGCCAAAUACAUGCCUUUGGGCUUUGUCUACGGGUUGACCAGCUGGGCAGCAUGGGUCAUCGUACAAAUAGGUGCUUCAGAAACUAGGAGUGCUUGGAUAGGCACCACGUCGUCCAUCAUUGGCGUUCUCCUAUGGGCUAUGCUCAACUGGUCCUAUACCACCGCCGUCUUCACGAAUCCCGGCUCGACGACAAACGACGACGGCUACAGCGUCCUGCCCAUGAACCAAAGCAACCAGAACAAUGCGACCUCCUUCACCGUCAAGUCGAAUGGCGAAUACCGCUUCUGCAAGAAGUGUCAGGCCCGCAAGCCCGACCGCGCGCAUCACUGCUCGACAUGCCGACGCUGCGUGCUCAAGAUGGACCACCACUGCCCCUGGCUCGCGACGUGCAUCGGCUUGAAGAACCACAAGGCCUUCCUGCUGUUCCUCAUCUACACCACGGUCUUCUGCUUCUACUGCUUCGCUGUCAGCGGAUGGUGGACGUGGGUGGAGAUCUUCAACAACACUCGCUACAUGGACACACUGUUGCCCGUCAACUUUAUCAUGCUGGCGGUCAUGAGCGGCAUCAUUGCGAUUGUCGUCGGGGCCUUUACCGCUUGGCACAUUCACCUGGCCUCGCGCGGGCAGACGACCAUUGAAUGUCUCGAGAAGACGCGCUACCUGUCGCCCCUGCGCAAGACCUUUCACCAGGCCCACGAUCCCGCCAACAACGUCCCGCGCGCGGCGCAGCAGAUUGUGGACUUUCACGCCAACGCCGUCCCGGGCGUGACGAGGCCCGAAGAGGGCGAGGAGCGCCGCACGAUGGAGCUGCCUCGUGCUGGUCCGAAUCUGGAUGGCGCUCGGCCUGUGCACAUGAGCUACGCCGAGAGGGAGGCGGAGCAGUCGAGGAAACGCUACGACGAAUACCUCGACGAGCAAGAUUCGUCCAAGCUACCGAAUGCGUUCGAUCUCGGUUGGAGACGUAACCUACAGCACCUAUUUGGGCACGACCCAUGGCUGUGGCUGGUCCCCGUUUGUAAUACUACCGGGGACGGCUGGGCUUGGGAGCCUAGCCCUCGUUGGCUGGAGGCACGAGAACGUCUUCGCGCCGAACGCGAACAGCAACGCGCCCGCGAGGUCAGUGCUGGCUGGGGCGGUGACUUUGGCCAAGCCGUGGAGGAACCGCCCAUGAUCACCCGGGUCCACGCGUCUGGUGCAGGAAGGCAUUUCCCCGGGGACAGGUACAAUAGUCCCUCGCCCCGCGAAGGACUCCGACGCACGCCCAGCAAGGCCGACCGCAUCCUAGGGCGCGAUCCGAACCUGUACGCAGAUGGACCACAGCCCGAAGACGUACCGCUCCGACGACUCAGUCCGCGCGGACGGUCCAUCGAGGACGAACUCGACGAGAUUGACAGGGAAGACGAGCAGUUUGAUGAAAGUCUGGACAGGGACGAAGCCGAGCGCCGCGCUAUGAACGUGGUCACUAACGGUGGCUGGGGCCGUGGCGGCGCGAGUGGCAUGUUGCGCAAGCAGCACAGUCACGGCAGCGGGCGAGGCACAGGCUCAUCCAGUCCUCGCUAUCAGGAUGACGGGGUAGACUGAUGGCCGAGCGCAAUGUCAGUGUCGGAUGUUUUGUUACUACACACACAUAUAUACAUGUUCCGAAAGCGCGUCUCUUUCCGUUCAAUUUUCUGGCAUGGGUCGAAACAGGGCCCUCAGGCGUUCUUGUUUCGUUUUAGGGUGGCAUAGUAGUGGUGGAGAUAGAUGUAAUAUAUGACUGUGACGUCCUUCACGUAGCAUUCAUUACAAAUGUGAUUCAUUCUACCCAGACGGAUGGAUUCUGCCUCG